GCGAUUUUCUGCUUUAAGACAUAGGCUACGCGCGAAAUCCUCUUUAUUCUCCAAGUUAGAGAUUCUCCUUGACAACACGAACGUUUGGUUUCUGCCUCCCUAGAAACCGCUGAUGUAAAGUCUAGAGUUCUGUUGAGAUCUUGUGGAUGGAACGGGAGAUUCGACCGCUCUCAGUGAACUCAACUGUUCAGCUGUAUUUAGGGAAAUCCACGCGUCCGUGGAGGCGGCGCUUGACGUUACAGGAGUUUACUAAAGAGCUAGACAGUUUCAGCCCAGCAGUCAAUCUACCUUUGAGUCAACGUUAAACAGUUGAUUUCGAUACAAGUAAGUUAAUUCUAUUAUGGGUCGUUUUCUGAAUUGUUCCGUCCAGUGAUUUCUAUCAUGGCUGCCAUUUGAAAACUCUUCAUCGACAGACUGUAGCGUUCCCGCAGUCUUGCCCCGUUUUUACACCCCAGGUUCUUCUGGACAACCUCAGUCCUCUCAGAGAUGCUGAACCAAAGCACAUACAUUGAGAAGGACUUCCAGGCACCAGAUUAGAAAAAACAACAAACAAACAAACAAACAAAAAACCUGCAGCUAUCAUCCUAUCUUCAUCUACCUCUGCCUUCAAACAUCCAAAAUCCAGUCUCCAAAGAAUAUGGCAUUUUUAAUGAAAAAGAAGAAGUUCAAGUUUCAGAUACACUUCACGCUGGAGGAGCUCACGGCUGUGCCGUUUGUGAACGGGAUGCUCUUCUGCAAAAUCAGGCUGUUGGAUGGUGGAGACUUUUCCAUUUCUUCAUCCAGGCAGGAGGUUCAGGAGAACUGUGUUCGCUGGCGAAAGAAGUUCUCCUUUGUGUGUAAGAUGAGUGCCAGUCCUGCCACGGGGGUCCUGGACCCCUGCAUUUGCCGAGUGUCUGUGCGUAAGGAACUUAAAGGUGGAAAGGCUUUUUCAAAGCUGGGCUUUGCUGACCUCAACUUGGCGGAGUUUGCUGGUUCAGGCUCCACUGUUCGCUGCUGUAUACUAGAGGGCUACGAUACCAAGAACACUCGACAGGACAACUCCAUACUCAAAGUUACCAUUGGCAUGACUCUUCUCUCUGGAGAUCCCUGCUUCAAAACGCCCGUGAGCACAGCUAAGACCAUUGCCAUGGCUGGGCAGGACCCCUCUCUGCAGCUGGACCGCAAGGGAGAGGGCACCGCCGACCACUCUGCACUGGCCCUCGGUGGCAUCACUCGCCGAUCUGUCAAAAGCAGAUCCUCUGGGAACAACUCUGGAGGACUUCAGGAGGGACUGGAGGAGAACCUGUCCAGUCCAGAUGAAGUGUUUCACACGGGACAUUCUCGCAACUCCAGCUUUGCCAGCCAACAGAGCAAAAUCUCAGGUGGGACUCAGGGCACGAUCAAAAGAGCAUCAGGUUAUAGUACGGAGCACUCUCACUCCUCCAGCCUGACAGAUCUGUCUCAGCACCGGCGGAACACCUCCACCAGCAGCAGCAACACAUCAGGAGGAACGUCUACCACUAUCGAGAGCCCCGUAGAGCCGGACAAAGAAGCGGUUAAACCAGAGAGACCCCCACGUCCCCCACGACCUGCUCUGCCCCCAAACAGACCCUCCAGGAGAAAGAAGGACACUGUUGAGAACCAUCCCACAUGGGUGGACGACACACGCAUUGAUGCAGAUGAUAUUGUGGAGAAGAUUGUGCAGAGUCAGAACUUUGCGGAUGUCAGCAACAAUGAAGACAGCAAUUUAACUCUGUUCGUCAGUAGGGAUGGCACCACAGCAUUAAGUGGCAUACAGCUCGUCAACAGGGUGUCUGCGGGUGUUUUUGAACCGGUGGUGAUUGAGAGCCGUUAGAUCUCUGAGGCCACAGUAGAUACUCUCACACACAGCCACUGCCUUUUUUAUUCUUUUUAAAUGAUGGAGAGCACAAGACAGGGACUGUAUGUCAGAGUGGGAACCUGACUUCACACCUUGCUCCUCUUAUGGGUCUGACGUAUUUCUCACCUAUUACAACCAUAACACCAUAAUCAUGCAGUGGUGGGUACGUUCAUUGUUCUAUGUGUAAGAAUGAAUAUUUACAGCGGAUUACAAACUACUUGAAAUGCCUUAAGAAAUGAGGCAAGAUGGGAGCUUCAGUCUAA